AUGGUGGCGCUUCAAUCUUUCCGACCCCAUAGCUUUUUAUUCUCCAUCCUCAUCAUAGUCUUCUUCUUCUCCUUCACCAUCUCAAUCUCAUCUGCCGCGACGGAGACAGUGCAGAAAGUCUGCAACCAAACGAGUUACUACCGCUACUGCGUCGCCACCCUCUACUCGGACCCAAGAACACCGAACGCUGACCCCUACUUCUUGGCCUACAUCUCUUUCGGCCUUGCCUACUUAAACGCCUCCAACUCGCACGACUUCUUCUCCCACGCGGUAAAUAACACCCGCCCACAUCACCAUAAGCUGGUCCAGAGCCUGACCAUCUGCCAGGAUGGUUACAAAAGGGUGGUCUCGGCCCUCGAGACAGCCUACGAGGACCUCAACACGGAGAGCUUUGCCAAGUUGGGAAGGCUGUCAAGGGUGGCUGGCCGUGCUGCGGAUAAGUGCAACCGUGCUUUCAGUGGUGUGGUGAAAGCGCCGGUGGGGUCGGCCGCACCUGCGGUGGCGGUCAGGAACAGAGACAUGAAGCGGCUGUCGGAGAUCUGCAGUGUGGUUUCAAAACUCCUCGGUGCUUCCAAGUGA